AUGGAAGUCUUAUCGGGGGUGUCCAGCGUAAUUGCUAUCGUAUCUUUAACCGUCCAGACUGCCAAUGGUGUGAAGAAGCUGUCCGAUUUCUGGAGCUCUAUUCAAAAUGCACCACAGUCAGUCUCCGACAUCAUCGAGGAUCUUGCUAUCGUAUCAAACGCCCUAGAAGAUAUUGGCCACGAAGCAGACAGUGCCCGACCACAUUCCAGGUCUCUUGACAUGAGUCUUUCAUGUCUUCGAUCAUGCUCUGAAAAGGUUCAGAGGCUUCAAAAACUUUUAGAAGAGCUUCAGUCGGGGCUAUCUGCCACUAAGCGCAGGAAACGAGCUUGGUCUUCUUUCAAAGUAGUAUGGUCGGAAAACAAAAUCGCCAACUUCCAGAACGCCGUGAGGGAAUUGAAAACGACGUUGCUAAUUACCAGGCAAACAGCCACAAGUAAGACGAUCACUGCAAACCAGGAAUCACAGCAGCGUGAACUGUCUUCAAUUAGAGAUGCAAUCGACUCUCUCUUACAGCGGGAGCUGCGAUGCGCCAUUAGUCCUUCCUCAGAAAAGCAACUUAUAGCGAAUUUGAAGAAAGAAAUUGAUAAAACAUCUUCAGCCAGGGCGCAUCCUCAGUCAACUUCUGCAGACCAGGAAACAAUGAAUUCAACCCGAAGAAUAAACACAUCACUUUACUACCAUUGUGCCGACCAAAGGCUCAAUCCGGAGAUCAAAGUCAGCGAGGCUCAGAGACAAGAAAAUUCGGGAACGACCUCUUCAAGCUUAACUUUUGCAACAAAAACGCUACCUUAUCGACAUAUCAUCAAUUCCAUAUUCGGCGUUGUAGAAGGGACUUUGACUACGUUUAGCAUUACCCCAUCCGCAUGCACCAACGCGGCGAAGCAUCACUGUACAAGGCAUUUAUUCAUUUUACAUCCAUCAAGGCUUCUCCGGAUCUUUGGGUUUGAGUCUGGCCUCCGUAUGUCGUUCCUUAACUCUGGACUCUUCGAUUUUCAAUUAAAUUCGUACCAAGCUGUUCCGGAUAACUCAGCUAUCUUCCAUUUUACCAAGAACGGAGAUAUCACAAGUAUUCAAGGCUUGUUCAAAGACCGUCUUGCUUCGCCGUUUGACACGAACUCCAAGGGUCUGACGCCGUUGUUUUUCGCAGCACAGUUUGGACAUGUUGAAAUAUGCAAGCUGCUAAUCGACGAAGGUGCAGACGCAAAGGCAUACAGUUUUAUGAAAGAGCAAGUGGUCUCCACAUAG